AUCGGCUGUAUAUGGAGAUAUCUCGCGAGCCGAUUAUUUCAGGAUUUCUAGAGGACAGACUGAAAGAAUUAUAUUGUUUCACAGUGCCGAUCACAUGGUGCUUGACGUACUUUAUUAUUACUUUAUUCUUAAUCUCCGUUGAGAAUAGCUCUAACCGGUUGGACUGAGGUUUUAAAGCAAUGGAUCCAGUAACGAGGUGGACACCAAAACAGGUUGUUGACUGGAUGAGAGGUCUGGAUGACAGCCUACAACCGUAUGUGCACAACUUUGAGAGAGAAAAGAUUAAUGGAGAACAGCUACUGAAGAUCUCACAUCAGGACCUUGAGGAACUGGGCAUUGUCCGCAUUGGCCACCAGGAACUGGUUUUAGAGGCUGUAGAUCUCCUCUGUGCUCUGAACUAUGGUGUGGAGACAGAUAACUUGAAGAACCUGGUGCUGAAGAUGAGAGCUGUGACCAGCAGCCUUCACACUGCAACAUCAGAACGAAGGAAGAGCCCUACGUAUGAAAGCAACACGUCUAGCAAGCUCCCAAAUGAAUUCCUGUCCUCUGUGGUUGAACUUAUUGGAGCAGCCAAAAGUCUCCUGGCAUGGCUGGACAGAACUCCAUUGACAGAGAUCAGUGAUUUCACCACCACCAAGAACAAAAUCAUUCAGUUGUGUCUGGAACUGACAACUACAGUACAACAGGACUGCACUGUCUACGACAUGGAAGAGAAUAUUUUGGAUGUUUCAAAGGUGUUGAACAGUAUUUGUGACCAGACUGUGAGAACCACCUCUGACCCUCUCAUGAGCCAGUCAGCAUGUCUGGAGGAAGUUCAGCUGACCGACAUCAAACCAGGAGAGGGAUUGGGCAUGUACAUAAAAUCCACCUACGAUGGGCUUCAUGUCAUCACUGGCACCACUGAACAUUCCCCAGCUGAUAUGACACACAAGAUCCAUGCUGGGGAUGAAGUCAUCCAGGUCAACCACCAGACAGUGGUGGGUUGGCAGCUGAAGAACCUGGUGGCCAAGCUGAGAGAGGACCCUAAAAGCGUGGUGCUUAUUUUAAAGAAAAGGCCCACAGGAACCUCAGGAUUUACCCCAGCACCUCUCAAGAACAUGCGCUGGAAACCGCCCGUGCCUCAGAGCUCCACAUCUCCUAGUAAGAGCCAGUCAGACAAUUCUGCCAAACUCUGCAGUAGGAAGGACAAGCCAGCCAUACUGGACCUGUACAUCCCUCCACCUCCAUCAGUGCCUUACACACCACGGGAAGUACGGAACAGUUCAUACACCAGCCUUAAUGCCAGACCUAAAGGCUCGGAGUCCCCAAACUCCUUCCUGGACCUGGAGAGCCACCGGCGCUUCACCAUUGCGGACUAUGACAAACUGUCCAUUCAACCAGUUGAGGUCAGCAUACAGAUGCGUCCAAGAGGAAGAUCCUCAUCACAAGGUAAACCACGACCUCUGUCAGUGCCUUCGGGUACAUGUUUGAGCAUGGCAGACGUGUAUGCAGAGCCCUGGACACAGGGGCGAAAAGGUGAAGAUCUUCUGUACAGAUACCUAAGCAACGAACGCAUACCAACUAUCUCUGAGGAGGCCCCGGGCCCAGGCUCAUCUUACAAGUUCACAGUCGAAAGACCCGCUUAUGUGAUCGACUACUCGAGGAACAGCCGAUUCCUUGUCAGUGCGGAUCUACACAACAGCGCCACCAUACCAUAUCAAGAGGACUUAGUCAAAAAGACCCCCAUGACAUCCACCCCCAAACGACCCCCCACAGAGCCCUCGCUACUGGUCAGUUGGAACACACGGCUUAAGCUAUUGACUCACUUAUGUCAGCUUGCCUAAACCCUUUGUCCAGCUGUGUGCAGUGACUCCUUUCUCGUGUACUUUUUCAUGCUUUCACUCUCCUUUCGGGAUAUUUCUUUGUGCCUUUAAUUUGUCUACAUUACCACUUGACUAA